GGUUCGCAGCGUCUGUGGUAACGCAAGCUGCAGCGGAGGAGCUUUGGUGAGACCGUGAGAGACCUGACAACGGGUUGGCGGCGGCGGUGCAGCGUCGGGGGUCCUUAUCUCUGUCCUUGAGGCUGGAGAAGGGAGAGAACAUGACUGCUGGCUCAGUGUGUGCCCCUCAGAUCAUACCACUGCGAGUGCCUCAACCUGGAAAAGCUAACCAUGAAAUUGAUACCAAUACUCUUUUGGAAAUGAAAUCCGACACCCCAGAUGUCAACAUAUAUUACACCCUGGAUGGCAGCAAACCUGACUUCCUAAAGAAAGUUGGUUCUGGUGAAAAUAAUACAUUUAAAUAUGUAAAACCUAUUACUCUGCCUGAUGGAAAAAUUCAAGUUAAAGCUGUUGCUGUCUCUAAAGACUGCAGACAGAGUGGAAUUGUGACAAAGGUGUUUCAGGUGGACUAUGAACCACCGAAGAUGGUCUCUUCUGAAGACAAUGUUGAAGAUGCUCUCAAGGGGUUCUCAAAGCAGGAAUUAAAAAAUGGGUUUGUCGGACCAAAACUAAGGAAGAAGUAUAAGAAUGCUGAAAAUAAAUCAACUUGGAACGUUAACCUUAGACGGCUUGCAGACCUCAAGGUAGGCGAAAGAGCAGACCCUAAAACUCUGAAAGAUCUUCGCUUCGCAGAGAGUCCACUGGAAAUCCCAGCCUACCAUGAGGGAGCGAGUGCUCGACUGCCUACUCACCAGGCCCAGUCUCCUGGCUUUGCACACAUAACUGGCCAGAAGAGUCUGACGAGCACCGAGAUCAUGAGGAUCCAGAGGGAGACAGACUUCCUCAAGUGUGCCCACUGUCUGGCUUCCCGUCCAUCUGAUCCAUUUGCUCGCUUCUGUCACGAAUGUGGAGCUCCUGUCCCACCCAUAUUUGGCUAUCGUCUUCCACCCCCAGAAGGGGCUCAGAUGGGCCUGUGUGCAGAAUGUGGCAGUAUGGUUCCCAUGAACACCCCCAUCUGUGUGGUGUGCGAAGCUCCUCUUGCUCCACAGCUUCGGCCACAGGCCAGCCUCUACUUAAAGGAGAGGGUAAUCUGUCGCACCUGUGGCACUGGGAAUCCUGCUCAUCUGAGAUACUGUGUCACCUGUGAGGGGCCCCUGCCUCCAACACAAGAGCAGUGGCUGUGCAAUGGAGAUGAAGUCCCUCAUCCGCCCGCUCGAAAUGGGGAGACCAUUUCCUGCUCCAGGUGUGGCUGCCAGAACCUCUGGGAGGCAUCCUUCUGUGACUGGUGUGGAGCCAUGCUUGGCAUUUCUGCUAGCCACUCUGUCUGCCCAAAAUGUGGGGCCAGCAAUCAUCUGACUGCCCGCUUCUGUGGCUCCUGUGGUAUUUAUGUGAAGUCCAUAACAAGGUUUAGAAUGCAUAACAGCUUGGCCAUAGUUGCUGGAACGCCUCGCCCAUUUCCUGAGCCCCGAUCUGCCUGGCAGUCCCUAACCGUCCCUUUGCCCACAUCUGCCAGUGGGUCUAAGAAGGACACGGGCACUCAGACCUCUGGCCUGUUCUACCCAUCUGGCAAGCUCCUGGCAAAGAAGGAACUGGAGGCGGCUUCUCACAGGCAGAGGCAGGAGAAGAUGAGUGACCACAGGCCAGUCCUCACAGCCGUCAGCCCGGGAAGAGGCUACUGGAGAAAGCAGUUGGAUCACAUCUCUGCUCACCUCAGGUCCUAUGCUCAGAACAACCCUGAAUUCCGGGCCUUGAUUGCAGAGCCCAGGAUGGGGAAGCUUAUCUCUGCCACUGUCCAUGAAGAUGGCUAUGAAGUUAGCAUCAGACUGAACUAUAUUCAAGUCUCAAACAAGAGCCUGUACUUCAACAAGUCGGUGAACCUCAGUGACCACUUUCUGAGCAGUGUCACCGAAGGUGGGAAUGGACUAUAUGACAGCAGGUCCAGCUUGGUGAGUGCCUAUAGCCAGAGCAUCUCAGACACCCCCGAAAGUAUCAAGAAGAUGAAGAAUCUCAAGGCCAAAAGCUUCCUUGUAAACCCAGAGCCGCUCACACCUGAAAACAAACUCCUGCUGGAGGAAGUUGGCUCCUCAGGGAAAGGAAGACUGCCUGUGCUGGAACAGCUGCUGGAUGAAGGAGCAGACCCUAACUGCUGUGAUAGUCAAGGUCGACCUGCUGUUAUUGUGGCUGUUGUGAAUAAACACUAUGAAGCCAUUCCAGUCCUCGCUCAGAGAGGAGCAGACAUCGACCAGCAGUGGGGACCGUUCAGAAAUACAGCUCUUCACGAAGCAACUCUACUUGGCCUGGAAGGAAGGGAGAGCAUCGCCACUUUACUGGGAUGCAAUGCAAACGCCCAAAAGAAGAACACAAGAGGCCAGACAGCAUAUGACAUCGCUCUGGAGAUGGGAGAUGACCUCACCUCUUCUCUCUUUGCCGCUAAGUUCACCCAAGGUCUGGAGGACCAACUUUCUCCACCUGGGAACCGCAUCCUAGGUGACAGUUAGAUCUGAGGGGUCAGGAGGCUGCAGAGACUGCCCAGCUACAGCUGGGCUUAGUUUGGAAUGUGUAUUUAAGUGUAAGAAUUACGGUUGAAAAGAACUCAUAAGACUGUGUGUGUGUGUGUGUGUGUGUGUGUGUGUGUGNGAGAGAGAGAGAGAGAGAGAGAGAGAGAGAAGGGAGAGUGUGUAAGGGAGGGAGAGGAGAGAGAGGAGUGUGCAUGUGUGUGUGUGUUUGUGUGUGUGUGUGUGUGUGUGAGAGAGAGAGAGAGAGAGAGAUUGAGCCUUGCAGAUGCUAAGGCAAGCGUUGUACCACUGGGCUAUAUUCCCAGCUUUCUUUAUUUUGAAAUAAGAUCUCAUAAAGUUGCUCAAGCUGGCCUUGAACUCACCCUAUAGCAUAGACAGGCCUUGAACAACAUGGGAUCUUCCUGCCGCAGCCUCCUAAGUAGCUGAGAUUACAGGUUGUGACAAACAAACACAGCUUUUUUUUUUUUUAAGGUGGUAUAACUACCCAAUACCACAUAUACCUUAGAGUAUGAUAAAAUGAACGUUUUGUGUUUUAUUUUCUGUUUUGUUGUUUUGUUUCCCCCCCCCCCGCCCUUUUUUUUUCUGAGACUAUAUAGACGUGGCUGGCCUAGAAUUUGCUAUGUAGACCAGGCUGGCCUUAAACUCACAGAGAUCUGUCUCUGCCUCCCAAAUGCUGGCAUCAAGGCAUGUGCCACCAUGUCCAGAUUUUUAAAAAUAUUUUACUGAUAAUUUUGAAAUUUGGUUUUUGAUUUUUGUUCUUCUUUAUUGUUGUUUUGAGACAGGGUCUCAUGUGUCUUGUCCUUAAACUUGUUAUGUGGCCGAGGAUGACCUUGAACUUGUGAUCCUGCCGCCUCCACCUUCUAAGUUCUGGGAUUACAGACUUGUACCACAUUCGAUUUUAUGUGGUACAGGGGAUUGAACCCAAGGCUUCAUGCAUGCUAACCAAAUACUCUACCAACUGAAUUACAUUCCCAGCCUGGUUAUUAAUUUAUCUUUCCAUAGAUAAUAACACUUGUGGUUUAAAGCCAAAAAGUAUAAAGUACUAUAUAAUAAAGUUCUUCCCAUCCAGGUUCUUAAACCACUGUUCAUCCUUAGAAGCAGCCAUGUGUGUGUAGAGGUGGUACAACAUUAUAUAACCACAUAUGUAUAUGUACACAAGGAGGAUAACAUAAACGUACUAGCACGUAGAUAUCCUUCCCUAUAAUAUAGCUUAAGUAAAUAAUUUGUAAGAAUUUAUAGCAGAACGGCUAUGUCCUUUCCUUAGCAGAGAGCCGACAGUGUAUCUGAAAAGUCUCUUCCCAGGAUUCAGAACGGGAUGAGCCUGUCUUGUGCUCCCUCAAACUGGACUCAGCCCAUCUCUGGGCUCUUCCCCCUCUACCCAGCAGUAUUCCCUGCCUGGUGGUGACCCCUCGCCCACAGCAGACAGAUGACUGGAAACAAUUCUACUUGGAUAAGAGCGUUACAGACUGGCUCUUUCUUUCCUACAAAGGAUCACAGAAAUAUGUUCCUAGGAAUGGGUUUAAUAUGGAUGUAACUUAGAAUCUGCUAAAUCUGCUGAAAGCAAGACCACACUUGCUCAGCAUGACAUUCUGUUUCUUAGUGGCGGUUCCUCUUCCCCCAACUCAUGCCCUCACCCUUGCUGUGAUGUUCAGGACAUCCAUCAGGAAAGAGAGCCACUGUCUAUAAGAGGUGGGAGGUCUCUUCCUACAGAUAUGCGGACAUCUGGUUAGUGCUAUUAGAUGCUUCUGUAUCUGGUGUUUUGUUUUCUGCCAUCUAGCAAAAAGUCUAGCUCUCAGGCCCCUCCUUUGGAGAACAUUCCACAUUGUAUGAGAAACUCAUCGUUUCUGGGCCUCCAGCAGCCCUCUCUCUCCCUUUUACUUACAGAAUAGUACAUGUGAGUCCACUUGGAGAGAGGGGUAACUGCCACCUUGCCUGCCUCUCUGUGUAAUGGGUGACACAGUUGGUCACAAUCAGUGGCCCAGUAGUAGUUAUGAUCCCACAGUCCUCAGAGCUACUUUUUCCAGAAGUCGCUCUACAAACCCUUGACCAAUGUGAACCCCAAAUACUCUGUCUGGUUAUAUGUUCUGUGUAUUUCCCUUGAAAACCAUGGAACUAUUCCCACACAGAUAUACAUACUGGCACACUUAUAGAGUUGGCAUAAAACAAUCUUAGAUACAGCACUGGGGAAGCAUAGACAGAAAGUGUCGAGAGAAGACGGAGAAAUCAGACCAGCUAAAGAUAUUGGAAUAUUAUGGUAAUGACAUCAGUAUGGUUCUUAGUACAUACAAAAGAGGGUAUGUAAGCCAAAAAUGAUAAGUGCAGUUGAAUAGAGAGAGGCUCUGUGACCAUGCUGGAGGAAUUGAUGGGAUGGAGUGGUCAUCUGAUGGAUGGACUUGCAUGGCUCAAGGGAGGAGCAGCUGGUUAGCAGAACACUUCUCCAGACUGUAAUGUCUAGGACAUUAGUGGAAUCAGAGGACUAUUGAGUUCUUAACUGAUUGGUGGUGACAGCCCAACUAAAGGGACAUUCUUUAGAGCCUACCUAUGUUCUACCUAUGCUGUUGAUGUUAGGUAAAUUCAUAAUAAAGUCCACUAGCUUAUGCUGAAGACAGUUGGACCUCAUUCCCCUCAUAACAUACCUGAAGGCCUCAGUAAACUUCACAGGCUGAUCCCUUUGUAAUCUCCCAGAGUCCUCCAUCUUUAGCAAAGUUGAAUUUUUAAGGUUGAGACAAAAAUUGUAUUCAUCUGUUACCAUUUUGGCCCGGUCUGGAUCUUUCUAUCUUCAUGUCUCAAUAUCUAUUGUAGGAACCCAGGAGGAGCUGUAGGGUUUUUUUGGUUGGUGUUUUUGGCCGGAUGCAGUCUAUAGGUUUGAAUUAAGUUCAGGUUACCCAAAGUGUUGAGCCAAAAUAUUAUCUACAAAAAUGGACCAUCAAGUCUGAGAGUCUGAAAGCUGCCAAGACAAUUCAGUUUUGAACACAGGCCUUCCACGUAUUCUAGAUUCAUUGAAUGCACAUCUUUUUAAAGUGUAGGCAGCACUUAGGCCAGCUCAUGUACCAUGUACCAUUAGGGCCCUGUGAGGAAUGAGGCUGCACCUUCCUGCCUACCAGAGACAUCCACGUGGCAGACAGCAAGGAGCUGGUGAUCCCUUACAUAGUCUCAAGGUUAACAUGUUGAAACGGGAUUUUUGGUUGUGUCUAAUACUGUGAAAUAACAAUGUAAGUGGUCUGUUUCCCUUCGGUAAGCUUCUUCAGUGAUGUGACCAUGUGGGUUGUUUCUGUGUUACGUUCCUGACAGCCAAAGUCCUGAAGGUGCCUUUUCACGUUCAAGUGGUUUGAUCACUGAGUUGAGUUAUGAGAAGUAGGCGAGAAUAGAGGAGUCCCAAGAGUAAACCUUUAAGAAAUGUGGGCUGGUGAGAUGUCUUUUAGUGGUUGAAGGUGUGUCUUUGUAGAGGCUUGUGGGAUCUCCUCAUUCUCUUUUGCUUCCUGGUGAUGAAGUGAAUGGUUUUGUUCUGGUAUGAUGUAGUGCCUUGCCACAGGCUCAAAGGCAUGGAACCAAAUGAUCACGGACGGGAAACUUCUAAGCUGUGAGCCAACACAAACCUUUCUGUUGAUUAUGUCCAGUAUUGUGUUAUAGUGAUGAAACGCUGACCAGUACUGUGUUAUGCCUGCAUGCUUACACAUCCAACCUCCAUGCCUGAGGCUGUAAGUCUUACGUUUAAGUAUAGCUCUUGGCCCAAAGUGGGUUCUUAGGAAAUACUUGUGAAAAUUUACUUCAUGGCUUUCUGAUUGGUCAAUAUGCCAAUAGCUUGGCAAAGUAGAUAUCUAAGAUACUAAGUUUGGAAAACAUUUAUUUUCUGAUAUAAGGCUGUACUCAAAAGGAUCAGGCAUAUGCUAGCAAAUUUCUAAAAUGAAUCAGUAUCUUGGUUGUAUCAGCUUAUGCGCUGUGAGAAGAGUAAUGCUGGUGCAGGUUUUGCCUCCUAGCCAUGUGUAGAGUUGAGAUGGGCAUUGAGAUCUCAGCAGAGUGCUUAAUCCUGUGUUUAUCCUGUGCAGACAAGUGAUUGUCUCAUAAAACAUUUCAUCCGUAUAGCACUGUAGGAAUCUAAAACAGCAGAAAAUUUAAAGUAAAAACUGCUGAACUACACAUUCUUAGAGUAUCCGUUCUCUCAAGGUUUCUGUGCAUGUCAGAUCUCAGCAGAGUGAUUAACUGUUUAUCUUGUGCAGACAAGUGAUUGUUUCGUAAAACAUUUCAUGUGUGUUAUAAGAAUCUAAAACAGCAGAAAAUUUAAAUAAAGUAAAAAAAAAAACUGCUGAACUAUA